GGAAGCUCCACUGAUGUCUGCCAGACAAUGUGUGGGCUUUUUCUCGACAGGCGCACACUUUACACUUUGUGCAUUGUUCGUUCCAGUGACGAAGGUGGAACUGCUGGACGCUCACUCUCGCUCGUGAUUCCCCUAAUGAGUGGAACGGUGUCCGUCAUCUGCUGUGAGUUCUUCUGCCGCGGCAAUUAAACAAUGGCUCAUCGGGGGGCAAGUUUUCAGAGGUCGACCCUGCUGCUGUUAUGAAGAGUUUUGUUGUGGCGGUGACUUGUAACAAAAAGACACACCUCCCUCUGUUGGAGGAAUUCAGACCUGUCAGCUUUUUUGGUUCCUGUCUUGCUUUCACUGUUUUGUGAAAGGAGAUGUGAAAAGGAAGGAAGGGGGGAGCGCGAGCGCGAGAUCGACAGAGAGAGGAGGGGAGACAGACGCGUGCAGUCCAGGCGUCUCGGGCGAAGUCUCAGUUGUUUUCAGAAGGCAGCCGAGAAGAGCUUACGCUUGUCUGCACAUGUGCAGCUACAAGUGACUCUCACCUACCGCUCUCCUUCUAUUUGGUUCCAGAAGAAGCGAAGAGUCAACAUGGUUCGGUGGUUCCACAGAGAAAUCACAGGUUUGGAGGCCGAGGAAAGGCUGAAGACGAGAGGCAUACACGGCAGCUUUUUAGCUCGACCCAGCAAGAAAAAUGUAGGAGAUUUCUCCUUGUCUGUCAGGGUGGGCGAUCUGGUGACCCACAUCCGGAUCCAGAACACGGGAGACUACUACGACCUGUAUGGCGGGGAGAAGUUUGCCACUCUGUCGGAGCUGGUGGAGUACUACACGGCCGAGAACGGAAUCCUGCAGGACAAGGACGGCACCGUCAUCGAGCUCAGAUACCCCCUCAACUGCUCUGACCCCACCACAGAGAGGUGGUACCACGGCCACCUGUCCGGGCAGAACGCGGAGAAGCUGCUCUGUGCUCGGGAAGAGUCUGGGACCUUCCUGGUCAGAGAGUCGCUGUCCAAACCUGGAGACUUUGUCCUGUCGGUUCUGACGGACGAGAAGGGCAAAGCCGGAGGAAAGAGGGUCUCCCACAUCAAGAUAAUGUGUCAGAAUGACAGGUACACAGUUGGAGGUUCAGAGAUGUUUGACACGCUAACAGACCUGGUGGAUUACUACAAACGCAAAGGCAUCGAAGAGAUUUCUGGUAACUGGGUGCAUCUCAAACAGCCGUAUUACUCCACCAGAGUGAAUGCAGCAGACAUCGACAGCCGAGUGAAACAGCUGGAUCUGACCACAGAGCAGGAGGAGGAGGGCGAGGGAGAGAAGAGCAAGGCGGGUUUCUGGGAGGAGUUUGACGCUCUUCAGAAGUCUGAGGCGAAGGUGAAAAAGAGCAGAGAGGAGGGUCAGAGACCAGAAAAUAAGAGCAAAAACAGAUACAAGAAUAUUCUUCCCUUCAAUGACACCAGGGUCCCCCUGCGGGGCAGGAAUGCUGAUGUUGUGGGUUCAGAUUACAUCAACGCCAACUACGUCAGAAACAACCUGUCGGAAUCCGGGGCUCCGAAAGUCUACAUCGCCACCCAGGGGUGCCUAGCAACAACCGUCAACGAUUUCUGGCAGAUGGUAUGGCAGGAGGACACACGGGUGAUCGUCAUGACAACAAGAGAGGUCGAGAAAGGCCGGAAUAAGUGCGUGCCAUACUGGCCCGACUUACAGACCUCCAAGGAGGUGGGUCCAUACGUGGUGACCAACAAUUCAGAGAGGGAAGCCACUGAUUACAAAAUCAGAGUUUUGGAGAUCGCUCCCGUGGACCAGCCAAAUCAAUCCCGUACUAUCUGGCACUACCAGUACAUGAGCUGGCCUGACCACGGCGUCCCUCAUGAGCCAGGUGCCGUGCUAAGCUUCCUCAGUCAAGUGAACGGCAAACAGGCCGACUACCCCGAUGCCGGACCCAUGGUCAUCCACUGCAGUGCUGGAAUUGGUCGAACGGGCACAAUUGUGGUGAUCGACAUGAUCAUUGAAACCAUUGAUGCCAUAGGUCUGGACUGUGAUCUUGACAUCCCGAAAUACAUCCAGAUGGUGCGAGAGCAGCGCUCCGGGAUGGUGCAGACAGAGGCCCAGUACAAGUUCAUCUACCUGUCUGUGUCCGAGUACAUACAGACCACCAAGGCCAAAGACUGUGCCUCCAUGGAAACCGAGACUGAGUAUGGAAAUCUGCAACUCAAACACCAGCCGGUGAGCAAGAAGGUCUCCAAAAACAAGGAGGAUGUUUACGAGAAUCUCUCAAAAGGAAAAAAAGAUGUGAAGAAGUCAAAGUCAGAAAAGAAAAGUGGCUCUGUGAAGAAAAGAUAGAUGGAUGUUUGUUUCUCCACAAUAUUCCACGUUGUUAUAUUUAUGCAGGCCCUUUUUUGUAUUUUAGUGGAGACAAAAUGAAAAUGCAUGAAAUUAAAGAUAACCGGUCGACAUCUGAUGGGUCACAUAAAUUCUUUGUUGCAAAUAAAGUAAUCGUGUGAACAUUG